GCAGAGACACUGCUGUAUCAUGUUAUUUUAGCUGGGCUCCACAGACGUUACCCGGCGUAGUAACCAUGAUCUUUGGGCAUAAAUGUGGUCGCUGUGCGCCUCUGGAGCUGGCUCUGUGGUUUGUGGCCUUUGUAGGCUGUUUGUUGGCCAGGUCCGGAGCGGCGGAGGACAAGAGCCCCUGGUAUCAGGACCUUUGCAGAUAUAAAUGGGAGGCUAUAGAUAAAGAUAAUAAUGUGGCAUAUACACUAAAGCUCUGUGAGUCUUCACCAUCAACCAGCUGUGGAACUGGAGCUGCCGUGUGUGCAAAAAGCCUCACCACCCACAAAGAACAGUCUGUUGGUGACCUUUCCCUGCAGAAGCUCUCCAACACGGUGCUGGAUUUCAACAGCACACAAAAUUGUCCCGGAAGCAGCAACAACAUCCAGACCAGCAUCAGCUUCCAGUGUGGGAAAACCAUGGGGACUCCAGAGUUUGUGGCCGUGUCUCAGUGCGUGCAUUACUUUGAGUGGAAGACCUACGCUGCCUGCAAGAAGGACAAAUUCAAGCCACAUAAAGAGGUGCCCUGCUACGUGUUUGACUCAGAUUUUAAGAAGCACGACCUCAGUCCUCUUAUCAAGCUGAAUGAUGGCUAUCUGGUGGACGAUGGCGAUGACAGCUUAGACUUCUACAUCAACAUCUGCCGCAGUCUCAACUCACCAGACAAAGGCUGUCCAGAGGGCUCUGCAGCCUGCCUCGUCACCAGUAAUGGCUCACACAGCAUGGGUUUUCCCGCUCAGCAGCUGGAGCUGGUGUCCAGUGACAGGCUGAGGUUACAGUAUUCUUUAAGUGACGACUCGACUCCACCACCAAUCUGUGUAUCAAGCAAGCCUGCAGUCACCAUCACCUUCAUAUGCCCAUCAAGCAGACAUUUGGGCAGCACCCCUAAGAUGACAGCUGAGUCAAACUGCCGUUACGAGGUGGAGUGGGUCACUGAGUAUGCUUGUCACAGAGACUAUCUGGAGAGUCAUACCUGCAAACUGACCAGCGACCAGCAUGAUAUCUCCAUAGAUCUGACUCCUCUCACUUUAGCCUCAAAUGAUCAUCCAUAUUAUGCACAGUCUGGGCCCAGUGACGGGACUGACAGCUACACCUACUACCUGAAUGUAUGUGGAAAAGUCACCACCCAAGAAUGUGGUGAGGACGUGUCCGUAUCAUCUUGCCAGGUGAAGAAGUCCCAAGAUGUGAAGAAGAUAGCUGGAAGAUAUCAAAACCAGACAUUACGUUAUUCUGAUGGAGAUCUGACUCUGAUCUAUCCAGACGGGAGCAAAUGCUCCUCCGGCUUUCAGAGAAUGACCAUCAUCAACUUUGAGUGCAACGAGAAUGCAUCCAGCGGUGGGCGAGGAAAUCCAGAGUUUGCCGGGGAAACCGACUGCACUUAUUAUUUUAACUGGGAGACGGCGUUUGCCUGCAUCAAAGAGAAGGAGGAUGUGCUGUGUGAGGUCAGAGAUGGCAGCAAACACUAUGACCUUUCACCCCUCACAAGAUAUCCAGAGGGCGGUGAGAACUGGGAGGCGGUGAACGCUAAAUCCUCAAAGUCAACCUCGCGCUACUACCUGAACGUUUGCCACAAAGUCAUCCCCACAGGAAGUGCAGCCGGUUGUCCAAUGGAUGCCUCAAUCUGUGCCGUGGGUAAGGAUAACAAAACCAUCAGCCUGGGCAGCUUCCUCUCCUCUCCCCAGAAAACUAAAACAGGAAAUGACAUCAGACUGGUGUAUACUGACGGAGACUUUUGCAUCCAAAACAAUAAAAGGAUCCAAACUAUCCUGACUCUCAAAUGCAAACCAGGAGAUCUGCAGAGUGCUCCCGUCCUUCUUAGUGUCACGUCUGAUGAGUGUGUUUAUGAGUUGGAGUGGUACACGGCCGCCGCCUGCGUCCUUUCGCAGACGCAAGGAGACAACUGCAUAGUAGAGGACCGUCAAGCUGGCUUCUCUUUCGACUUGUCUCCCCUCUCCAAACCUAACGGUGGUUUCUACAACCUGACCAGUGGACACUACAAGUACUACAUCAAUGUCUGCGGUCCGGUCAGCGUUUCCACAUGUCCUAAGAAGGCUGGAGCGUGCCAGGUGGAAGAAAAUUCUUGGAGUCUCGGGGAAGCAAACUCCCGCUUGUUGUACUACAACGGGGUCAUCCAGCUGAUCUACAGUAACGGCUCCCAGUACAACAACAAAGAGCACACCCUCAGAUCCACUGUCAUCUCUUUCCUCUGUGACCCAGAAGCUGGACCGGGAAAACCUGAAUUCCAGCUGGAAGACCAGUACACAUACAACUUCCACUGGUAUACCUCCUACGCAUGUCCUGAAAGACCUCAUGAGUGUUUGGUGACAGAUCCCAGCACACUGGACCAGUACGACUUAUCCAGCCUGUCGCGUACCACCUCCAACUGGCAGGCGAUGGAUAUGUCUGACACCAAAAACCUGAAGAAGUAUUACAUCAACGUAUGUCGCCCCAUCAGCCCUGUACACGGCUGUGACCGCGAUGCGUCCGUCUGUGAGAUGAAAUACGUAACCCAGCAGGGCUCUCCAGAGGAGGUCGUGUCGAUCAGUAACAUGGGCAUUUCAAAGCGAGGGCCGAUCAUCGAGGCACGGGACCACCUCAUGCUGGAGUUCACGGACGGCUCUGCCUGUGAGUCAUAUGGUCAGAAACUCUCGUACACGACGCGCAUCCACCUGGUGUGCUCCAGAGGAACUCUCUCUAUGGGACCGCGGUUCCUGAUGUACCAGAACUGCACUGCUAAUUUUAUGUGGGAGACCAGGGCGGCCUGUGCCAUCAGUACCACCACAAACAAUAGCUGUGCUGUGGAGGAUCCCAAUACCGGCUUUGAGUACAACCUUCUACCUUUGGCUUCCAAGACCGGAUACAACACAAGUGGGAAUGGCAAGGACUUCCUGGUGAACAUCUGUGCAGAUGUAGCUAAAUGUGGGGAGGCUGUGGCCGGCUGUGAGUUGGAGAAUGGACAUCCCGUUAGCCCCGUGGGGGUGGAGAAGACCCUCCAGUUUUCCACUGAAGGCGUCCUCCAACUAACAUACAAGGGAAUUGUUAACAUUCCAACAGGAAGUCGGGACACCUUCCAGAUUAAUUUUGUGUGCGAUCCAAACUCUUACCCUGGCUCUUUGAAACUGGUGCGAGAGGACAUGAGGACUUCACCUGAGCACGUCGACCACAAUGUCCUCUUCGAGUUCUCCACCUCUCUGGCUUGCAUGCCUGCUCCAGUUGACUGCACGAUCACAGAUUUACAUGGUAAUGAGUAUGACCUGAGUCACCUGAUCCGGCAUGCAGAUGACAGCCCGUGGAUCCCCAUAGACACGGAUUCGGUCACAUCACGGAGAUUUUAUAUCAAUGUCUGCAAACCCCUCCCACCUGUCGAUGAGUGUCCAGUGGGUCUCUCGGGCGCCUGCGGUAUCAUUGAUGGGAAAAGUUACAACCUGGGAUAUGUCCAGUCCAGCCCGCAGGCGGCAGAAGACGGCUCCAUCAGCAUCGUGUACCACAACGGGGACCAGUGCGGUUCUUCGUCCCACUACUCGACUCGCAUCAUCUUUCAGUGUGACGACAACCCAGGCUCUCCCAUGUUUGACCGUAAAGAUGGUUGUGAAUACGUCUUCAUCUGGAGGACAUCUGAGGCCUGCCCUAUCAGGAGGUCCCAAGGUGAUCACUGCCGAGUUCGUGACCCCAAGAGUGGCUACGAGUUUGACCUGAGCUCCCUGAAGGGUCAAGAUUACACCAUCAAUACGCCGCAGUACAGUUAUCACCUUUCCAUAUGCGGCGCACUCCAAAAGGAUGUUUGCACCCACAAAGAUGCAAGCAAAUCGGUCUCCUCCUGCCAAGUGGGCAAAGACAUUCAGAAGAUCGCAGGAAUAACAAACCAGGUUCUAACUUAUGUGGGAGACCAGAUCAUCCUGAACUACACCGAUGGAGAGACCUGCCAUAAAGUCUACAAUAGAUCUACUGAGAUCUACUUCUCCUGCAACCCUGACAAGAAUCCCGGAGAACCAGAGUAUAUUCGGGAGACUCCAGACUGCACCUAUCUGUUCAACUGGCCCACUGCACUGGCCUGCAUCCUAGUCAAGACCACCAGCUGCUCCUACAAUGAUGGUCAUGGUCGGUCAUAUGACCUCUCCUCUCUGGCUAUGGACUCUGGGAACUGGGAGGUGGAGCUCUCCACCGGGAACACGAAUAAUCAGUAUUACAUUAAUGUCUGCAGGACGCUGGUGAAGCAGAAGGGUCCAUGGAAUUGUCCCUCCACUGCAGCAUCAUGCAUGAAGGUUGGAGAUAAAUAUGUGAGUCUGGGGCAGGUCCAUUCCAGUCUUAAAUUGGAAAAAAAUGUCCUACAGCUGCAGUACACCAGCGGCCACGCUUGUCCAGAUGGACAACGCAACAAGUCCAGCAUCAUCCGCUUCAAGUGUGACAAAGACAAAGUGAAUUCUCGGCCUACUAUGAUCUCUGUGGUGGAGGAGUGUGUGUACAACUUCCUGUGGCUAACAGCUGCAGCCUGCCCUCUAAAUAGCACCCAGCACGACGACUGCAGAGUCACCAAUCCUGCUACAGGUCAUUUAUUUGACCUGAGCCCCUUGAAGAAGGAAGGAGGUUACACUGUGCACCAUCAUCAGGACCAGGGGAAGAUGUUCCGCGUGAACAUCUGCGGACCUGUGAACAACGCUGGUUGCAGCCCUAACACUGCCGUGUGCAUUAAGAAAGGCAGUACUGUGGUCAGUGGUGGUCAGGUGAGCAAGAAGCUCUCGUACAAGGAUCACAUUCUGGAGCUGACGUAUGAAGAGGGAAGUCCAUGCCCAGCAAACCCUAGCCUCAAGCACAGUACCAUCAUCCACUUCAUCUGCAGGCCGGCUAACAUGAGCUCAGCCCCCCAAGAGCCCGUCCUGAUCGACUCCAAUGCUGAAACCUGCACACACUACUUCUCUUUCCACACACCGCUGGUCUGUGAGCAGUCUGUAACUUGUUCCGUCCAGAACGGCUCUGCUCUGAUAGACCUGACUCCUCUGAUUCAUGUCAGCGGAUACUACACAGCAACAGAUGACGCGGUCGACCAAAGUGAUGAAUCUCCAGACUUCUACAUCAACAUCUGUCAGCCUCUAAACCCCAUCCCCGGGGUCAACUGUCCACCUGGAGCUGCUGUCUGUAUGGAUCCAGAUAAUGGAGGACCUGUGGACAUCGGUCGGACCACCAGCGGUCCAGAGCUCAACAAUGGCGAGGUGUCCAUCACCUACCACAGCUCCACCCAGUGUGACAGCAACCCUGCACAGAACUACACUUCAACCAUCAUCUUUACCUGCCAGAGAGGCGUGGAGCUGGGCUCUCCACAAAUGCUGAGGCUGCAGGAUUGUGUCUAUUUCUUUGAGUGGGCUACUCCGAUCGUCUGUCCAGAUACCACCGAAACCAGCGGCUGCCGGCUCACAGACUCGCAGCUCCACUUCACCUUUGACCUGACAAAGCUCUCCGGGGAAGUCCGGGUAAUAGGGAACUCGAGCACGUAUCACAUCAACAUCUGCGACUCGGUUUCAGAGCCGGCUUGUAAGCAGAGCGCAGUCUGCCAGGUUUCUGGUUCCGGGUCAGACAAGUUGGCAUCAUCGUUUGGCAACACUAAAGUCAUGACGAUGGACUUCAAACACGAAGAGCAGGCCGUGCUGAUGCAGUAUGGUGGAGGAGAUCCCUGCCCACCAGUGACCACCAAGGGUGAGGCGUGUGUGUUUCCCUUCGUUCAUAUGAAGAAGACUUAUAUGGAGUGCACCAAAGAUGGAAUGACAACUGGCAGGUUGUGGUGUGCCACCACUUCCAACUAUGACACGGACAGGAAGUGGGGAUUGUGCAGUGCAGUCUCAGCCAUACGUCAGUCCUCCAUACUGUUUACCUGCGACCACUCUGCGGGCCGCGGCUCUCCGACGGUGUUGUCCGAGACGGCAGGUUGUUCAGCCACCUUCCAGUGGCGCACCAAUGCUGUUUGUCUCCCGAGGAAGAUGGAGUGCAAGCUGGUCAGCCAGCAUAAGACCUUUGACCUCCGAGCCUUGUCCUCCCUCACCGAGCCGUGGAAGUUCAGCCACAGAGGAGAGGCGUAUUUCAUCAACCUGUGUCAGAGUGUCCAUGGUGGACUGCUGGGCUGUCCUGAAGAAGCAACUGUGUGCCGCCGCACAGCAGCAGGAAAAACUGAGGCCCUGGGCCGAGUCUACACGCAGGAAAUGAACUUCAAGAAUGGAACGAUUUUUGUCAACUAUUCAGCAGGAGACGAUGUAUGCGGCAACGGCAUAAAGGCCAGAACCGUAAUCCAGCUGAGCUGUGGCUCCACAGUGGGACACCCCACACUGAUCAGGCUCGAUAAGACCUCGUGUGAGUUUGUGAUAGGCUGGGAGACUCGAGCAGCUUGUGCAGUGAAGCAGCGUGAGGUGCAGAUGGUGAACGGGACAAUACAGGUUCCUGACACUGGAGUCAGCCUCAGGCUGGGAGCCGUCUACUUCAGCCAACAUCAGGCAUCUGGAGACAUUCGUCCCAAUGGCGACAGUUACAUCUACCACAUCCAGUUGUCCGGCAUCACCAACAACUCUCUGCCCAAAUGUGUUGGUGCCAACAUCUGCCAGAUCAAGCUGAACGGGCACUACAGGCGCAGGAUUGGUUCGUCCAGCAAAGCCAAAUAUUACGUAAAAGGAGCAAACCUGGAUGUGAUCGUGCCUUCUGAGUCAGAGUGUGGCCGUGAGAGGACCAAAACGGUUUCAUCCACCAUCAUGUUCCACUGUAACCCAUCAGCAGGCGUCGGCAUCCCGGAGUUUAUGCUGGAGACCGACGAAUGCCAGUAUCUGUUUGUGUGGCACACUAAUGCUGUGUGCGGUCUGACAGCUGUUGCUAGGCAGACGAAUGAUGACAGCAGUGGAGACACUCCGGCUCUGUCUAGGCGGAGCCAAGCAGUUGGAGUAGUGCUGUGCCUCCUGUUGGCGGUUCUAAUUGUCUGCCUGCUGGGGCUUCUGCUCCACAAGAGGGAGAGGAGGGAUCUGGUGAGGCAGAAGAUUGCUGGUUGUUGUAGGAGAGGAAAUCAAGUCUCCUAUAAAUAUUCCAAGGUCAGCACAGAUGAAGAGGGGGGAGAAGAGGAGAUGGAAUGGCUGAUGGAGGAGAUGGACGCUCCUCUCACAUCCUCGUCGUCCCGUGGCAGGAGUAACCACAGCAACGGUCACAUCACGACCAAGCCGGUGAAUACAGACGGUCUCCGCUCGUUCUCACUGGACGAGCAGGAAGACGACAGCGAGGACGAGGUGCUGAGCGUCCCGGGAGUUCGAGUGGUUAAAUCGUCGGGACCCUCCAGGCACUCGACGAACCAUCGCAGCGCCUUCCUGCAGGAGGAGAGUGACGAGGACCUGGUGGGCCUUCUGGAUGAGUCAGACAGGAAGAGGAAGAGCAGCAAACCUCGUUCUUCUGGCCUUAACCACGGUAACAAGACGGCAGCCAACAGGAAACGGGACGAGGACGACAGUGACGAGGACCUCCUCAGGGUGUGAUGUCACUCUGUCCUUCCUGGGUCCCUCCAUCCAGUCUGAACUCUUCUCUCUCAGUGAAUGUCUCCAGAAUAGCAACAGUGAAAAACCAACAACACACUGAAGGCAGAAACCUUUCUUCUCUUUUCUAGAUUUUUUUUUUUUUUUUUUUUUCGGGGGGGUUGGUGCACCUUUACUUGGCCCACACAGACUCAGUCAAGUUCACCGUCCACAGAGGGUUUUUAUUUAUUGACAGCUCAUUAUUUAAAAUGUUCUUAAGGCUUCACCUCCACCAUGUUUUCUUUCAUAACUCUUAUACUUCAGCCUUGCCACGCUUGUCUGACGAAGACUGAACAGGCCAGUUUAGGCUCUUAAAAUCAACCUUGGAAGCACACAAAGCGUUCUUGUAGUGCUGAGUUCAGACUACAGGCGUGCUGCGUUUAGUGUGACCGCAGCGCUAAUAUAUUAACGUAAACCGUGUACACCAAAUGAAAAAAUCCUGUCAGGACAGGAAGGGAAACUCUGCAGUGAGGCAUGUCAGUGAUGAGAUGUGAAUGAAGAUUAAGUUAUAUUUGUGUUCUGAACUGAAGCUGUGCCGUUGUUUUCGCACUUUGAUUAACUGUAAAUAACACUGGCUGCGUGUCUCGUUGCAGACUGGGUGAGGGGAUUUAAAAAGGAAGACUUUGGCUGCCUUUGGAGUUUGUUUUUAACGCCCACUGGCCCAUACAUACUUUAUUGGAAAACUGUGAUGAUAUUUACUCCCCGGCUUAGGCAGUGGAGGUGCCAGCUUCUUUCUAAAAAGGGAACGAAGACGCCCAUUUCUUGUUGUUUACAGUUGCUAUUAUAGCAGACCCGUUUCCCUUUUCUUUGCCCUCAAAAAGAAAGCACGAUGCCUUCGUAUUGAUGAAUUUACUUUAAUUGAUGAAUCAUGUCCAGCCACAGAUUAAAUUUUUUUUUUUUUUUGUCUUGAUUUGAUCAGAGACGUUGUAAAUAGAUGAUGUUCUGUAAUAUGGACGUUUCAUUUGUUGUCUUCUCCGGUGAAUUGCUCACAUUUUUGUAAUUAUUUAAGCGCUCGUCUGAGCUGAUUAUCUGUACGUUUGUGUGUUCUGUGUGAAAAUAGAGAUGGCCUUAAGUGUGAAUGGAUGAAGGAAAGUUUAAAGUGAAACUGGAGGUGUUCCUUUUGGAUUGUCUCGGUCCCCGCCCCUCCCGCUAAAGCCAUAUUUCUACUGCCACCCUUGGCACUAAUGUAGGGAAGUUGAUUUUUCUUUCUCUGCUCGUGUACUCUUGUACUACAUGUACUACAUGUACUACAUCGAUGCUAUGUGAAAAGUGAAGCCAAGUUUUUUAGUGCUGAAAUCCACCCUGUUCAGCCAAAUGCCCGAUGCAAAAGAUGGAAGUGAGGCAGGAACGCAGGAUGUUGACCACCAUAGUUGUUUUCAGCUGGUGACCUGCCAGUAAUAAUGGAGGUUUAUGCAGCGUUUCCACACAAGUCAUUAAACCUGUAAGCUUGUAAACACAGUAUUCAGUGUUCCACAUGCAAAUAUUCUUUAAUCCCCACCAAUGUUUUGAAGCCACUUGGUUAACACAGUUACAGCUCAGACUGGUUGAAUUAAAAUAAAAAAACUGCAGUUUUUAUAACACGUCAUCGCUUCUUGAGCAGAGCCAGAAACAAUCAGAUUGGGUCUGUUUUCUCUAAAAGUUUAGAUUAUUUCUGAUGUGCAAACCAGCUAAGAACCAAUGAAAAACUAUUCGGUGCAACUAGCCGCUGUUUUCAUCAUUUAUUAAUCUCUUUUUCCAGUUAAUUUAUUAUAAAUUUGAAAUGUAAAUAUCAGGAAACUUUCCACUUUUUUUUUUUUUUUAAUUGCUUCUGUGCACACACUUCAGCACAAAACAGACUUGGAGAAAAGCGGUACAUCCUCACGGUGGGUGAUGGAAGGUGCUGACUCAAAGCCUGUGGUCAGUCGGUCAAACUCCAUAAGCUGGUUAAGUCUUACGGUGCAUUUUUAAAAAAAAGUCAUGACCACAGCUGAAUUACUGCUAGCUAGCAGGUGUAUUUAAAGCUAAAAUUAUUCAUUCAUUAACUGAUCAGUUGGCUGACAGAAGAUUUAAUGGACAUUUUUGAUAAUCAGUUUUCUUUGGUUUCAGCUUCUCUAAAGUAAACGUUUGAUGUUUAUCUACGUUUGCUGUUUGCUUUCACUGAAAAUGAAGAUUUUUUUUGAGUUUCGGACUUUCGAUUGGAACAAAAUAGAUAGUUGAAAGCAACAUUGUUGGUUGUGCACUUUUGAAGAAUAACCAGGAAUGAUUGUGAGCUGCGGCGCUCUGUAGCAUACAGUACAUAUCUCUGUACACUUGCUUCUAUUUUUUUUUUUUGUUGUUGGUUUGUGGGAUGAGCACAUUUUUUUCCAGUUUGUUUAUCUCAGCAAACAAACUGGAAAUGGGAGGUGAAUAAUCCUGAGCACAUCUGUUGAACCAUAGCUGGACAUUUACUACCACAGAAAACGGUCCCCUCACAUUGCAGAUUCAUCACAUUGAGAUGUUGCGUUGCUGGUGUGGAGUUGGGGUUGGAGUUUUUGUUUUCUCAGUAUUCAAAUGUGAGUUUAUUGCUAAAAUCUCAAUAACAAGAUUUGCCAUUCAGGGUAUUUCUAAAGCUUUGUACACAUAAUUGUUUAACAAGUUUUUGUAUGGUGCCACUUGCCCAUAAGAAAAUAUAAUGACAGAAAGCAUUUAAUAAAAUAAUUUCCAGUUGCAGUGCAAGCAUCAGUAUUUCAUAGGGAAGAGUUUGCGGUGUGUUGUGAUAGUAAAAUACUGAGCAAACAAAUAGAAAGCAUCACCUUCAUUUUUCUGUUUCUGUCUCAGAUUACAAACCGAGCCUUUCCAAAGCAGCUCUGGACAUUUUUCAGACUCCAGAAAGGUCGAGAAGAACUGAAGCUUUGCUCUUUCUUGCUCUAAAAUAUAACUUCUCACAUAAUCAUAUCAUUAUGCUACUGGUCUGAAAUGAUGAAGAGUGCAACUAUAGCUACCUUUAACAGCUUAAAGAAUGAGAGUACGCAGCACAUGGGGAAGUAGGUUUCUAGAAAAUAUGACAAUGACACUGGUAACAGGUGAAAUAUUUAUGAUCAGUAUUUAUCAUAAAAUAAUGAUUGUAAGUCAGGCAAAAGUUUAGACUUGACAGAUUUUUUUUAUAAAGUUUAAUUUUAAGUGUCCAUUCAGUGCGUGGUUUUGCUAUAUGAACUUCAGCUGUCUUUCUUAAAAAUUUUUUUAUAUCCCGACCCCGUUAGACUGAGGUUUGAAUGGGAAGCAUCUGCCUGUGUUUGGCACUUUGUAAUCAUCUCUCCUGAGUCUCAAAGAACACUAGCGCUCGUUUCAGUGCAGCAGGAGCUAACGUAUCGUAUGUGAAGUCCUUUGUUCAUCACUGCAUUAAAUUUGUUUCUGCUUAGCACCAAAGUUCCCGCGGCUCAUCUGCAUGGUACUGUACUGAACCGUCUCUUUCCUGAAGUUAUUACUGGACAUUCUUGUGCUUUUUUUGGUCCGCACAGAUGCAAACAUUUGGAUAAGAUCAAACAAAUGUGAGACUGAGACCAGGAGCUGAAUUAAGAAGCAGACACGCCAACAACAAAAAUAAACAGUGACUAAAAAAAAAAAGCACAAGAAACUUUAUGUGGUGAUUUGGUACAAUGAGAGAUCAUUAUUAUGGUUUAGUUGGCAUAAGUUAUGUUGUCUAAUGUUUUCAGCUCUUUGCCUGUUUUCCUAUUUAAAAAUGAUGUAAAAAUUGCAUUAUUUGAAUAAAUAAGAGAUCUGCUGUUUA